UCACUAUUAUCAAUCGCUUUUUUUGUUUACAAAUCUGUGUGAAAUCGGCUUUUAAGGAUUAUAAAGUCGAAAUCCAAUUUGAAGCCAUGUCGGACAACGAAUACGAACGCUUCGAGAUCACGGACUACGACCUGGACAAUGUUAACAUCAACAGGCCCCGGGGACGCCAAAGUCGACACCAGCAAAUCUAUGGCAUUUGGGCAGACGACAGAGAGGAGAGCGGCGGUGAGGGCGGCAAGCGGAGGGGCCGUUCCGCCCGACAGCCCAAGGAUUACACAAUGCCGGUGAACUUCGUGGCCGGCGGCAUUCAGCAGGCGGGUAAAAAGAAGAAAAAGGCGCUCAAAGCUGAGGAAGGCGACGGUGCGACUAAGGAGGACGGCGGAGAGGAUCGGGAUGACCAGAGCGACGGCUCUUCAGCCAGUGCACGUCCAGCCUUCGGCGACCAGAGCGAUCAGGACAGUUCAAAUAGCUCCGCUGAGGAAGCAGAGCGACCAGCUCUAAGCAGGGGUCAUGGCAAGUCCGGCAGCGGUGGAACCACCUUUCAACAUCGCUCGCACAUUGCCAGUGAGCGGAAUGUGGGAGCUUGGGAGCAGCAUACACGCGGAAUCGGUGCCAAGUUGCUCCUCCAAAUGGGCUACGAACCAGGCAAGGGAUUGGGCAAGGACCUACAGGGAAUCUCACAACCAGUGCAGGCUCAUGUGCGCAAGGGCAGAGGAGCCAUCGGAGCCUAUGGCCCGGAAACAGCAGCUAGCAUCGGCGGACAGGCAGCCAAGGCCAUCAAGGUGGACGAGGAUGUGCGCGAGGCCAAGGAGUUUAAGGAACUGAACAAGUGGCGUAAGGGAGGCGCCUCUGGAGCCGAUACGCAGGAUCGACAAGGUAAACGCUACUACUACAAAUCGGUAGAGGAGGUGAUAGCCAAGGGGAACAAGUCCAGUCACCUGCUUUCGGAGAAGCUAAGCAAGAAGCUGGGCAAUGUCCCAGUGAUCGAUAUGACGGGUCCGGAGAAGCGAGUGCUCAGCGGUUAUCAUGCCUUGGGACAGGCCAAAAUCACGCCGGAGGAGACAUUGUAUGACGCCGACCCGUCGGAGAAAGGAGCUGCCAGUUCCGUUUCCGUGUUUGCAAUGCCUGAGCUGACUCACAAUUUGCAGCUCUUGGUUAGUCAGGCCGAGCAGCAGAUCAUUGCCAUCGACAAGCAGGAACGGGAGUGUUCCAGCCAGCAGGCAGCGCUGGAGACCGAGCACCGCAAGCUGGAGGAGAUUGUGCAGCUGGAGCGCAAUCAUAUACGCACUCUGGAGGAGGCUUUGGACCGAGUUGAGCGUCUGAGCGAGAAUCCCGACCUGGAACUGCCCCAGGCGGAGCGGAUGUUUCGGGAGCUGCUCGUGGACUAUGCGGCCGAGUUCAAGGAGUUCGGCUUGGCUGAUCUGGCAGCUGGCGUGAUCGCACCGCUUCUGAAGCGGGAGCUGCUCAACUGGCAACCGUUGGAGCACCCAACAGAGCCGCUGCAGAUGGUGAAGAAUUGGCGGGCCAUGCUGCAGCGUGGAGAGCCGGCAGAGCAGCAGCCACGUAAUGUUUUUGACCCGUACUCCUCGCUGAUUUGGGCCGGGGUGAUGCCAUCGUUCCGGACCUGCGCCGCAGCCUGGCAGCCCAAGGAGCAUCCCCCAAUGGCGGCUUUGCUAGAUGCCUGGGCCCCCUUGCUGCCCACCUGGGUGCUGGACUCUGUGCUGGAACAGUUGGUGCUGCCGCGUUUGGUGACCGGCGUCCAGGAAUGGGAUCCCCUCACUGACACCGUGCCCAUAGACAGCUGGGUACUGCCCUGGCACGCCAUCCUGGGUAGUAAACUGGAGGAGGCCGUCUAUCCGCAGAUCCGCAGCAAGCUUGGGGAAGCGCUGCGCGCCUGGUUGCCACAGGAUCGUUCGGCCAGGGCCAUGUUAACGCCUUGGCAGAAGGCCUUCCCCGAAGAGGAGAUGCAGGAGUUCCUGCAGCGUCACAUCUUACCAAAGCUGCAGUUGACCCUCGCCGAGUUUGUCAUUAAUCCUCUGCACCAGGACCUGGAGUUGUGGCAUCAGGUUUGGGAGUGGCAUGAGCUCAUUGAACCGAUGUACAUGGCUCAGCUGCUGGACAGACAUUUCUUCCCGCGCUGGAUGCAGGUGCUGGUGUUGUGGUUGAAUCAGUCUCCUGACUAUGCUGAGAUAUCGCGUUGGUACACCGGCUGGAAGAGCAUGCUGAGUGAGCAGGUUAUCCGCGAGCCAAGCGUCAAGGAGCACCUACGAAGAGCUCUUGAAAUGAUGCACCGCGCCAGUGAUGCCCUCCUUCAGCCCACUAUCACGGCCACACCACCGCCGCCAAUGCCACCGGGUCCUGUUCCGACGGGUCUCCUGCCGCCUGUUAUGAUGGUGGAUCUGGUGCAUCAACCCGCCCAGCUGGAGUUCAAGGAGCUUGUGUCCCAGCGCUGCGCCGAGCUGGGCAUUAUCUUUGCUCUUCCCGGCAGACGGGAAAUGGGCAAGCAGAUUUAUCGCGUCGGAAAGCUGUUUUGUUAUAUUGAUCGCAACGUGUGCAUGCUCAGCGAUGGAAGCUUUAGCAACUGGCAGCCAGUGGGACUUAACCAGCUACUGGAGCGAUCACAAACGGGUAUACUUUAAAAAUAAAUAAGAGCGAAAAUUUGAACAAUUGAAGAAGAGUCUUCAAAAAGUCAUAAAACUUGUUUAUAUUUAAGCAAUU